AUGAGACGUCAGUCCGUACCCAACACAACCACGCGGGCAUUAGGCUCCGUGCAGCAAUCGUCGGGGCGAUCAGUCAUCUCCACCGAAGAGCGAUCUCUUCCUGCAACUGCAUCACCGGUAGCAACGCUGGCCAGAGCCACAGAUAACGAAGAGCAGGCAUACGGUCUGGAUUUACAUCCUACACAGGCAUUAUCUGAAUCGCGACUGCCAAAUCCCCAUCUGGCUGCCUUGCAACGAGGGGAAGAGAUAGAGGCGGUGUCAUCUCGCACUUCUCCAGAGAGGGAUCAAACAGAUCUUGAAGGACACUAUGUAGGACCAUCUUCAGGGGUUUCCUUUUUGCUGCGGGUCCAAAAAAGAAUUCACGAGAACGUGGCUAUCUUCUCGAAUGAACCAAUUUUCAAUUUCGGAGAUGCACCUUUACCCCGACAUGAUCCUCAUUUCUUGGUUCUCCCGCCAAAGGACGAAGCAAGAGUCUUAGUGAACCGAUACUUCGAUUUCGCCUUCCCGACUCAUCGUUUUUUGCACCAGGCUAGCGUCGAAACCUGGCUCGAGUCAUUCUACUCAGAUGUGCAUGGUUCAGAUGAAACGUUGAGUCAAGCAGUCAAGGCAUUGCUGCUGAUGGUCAUGGCCCAAGGGAAGCAAUAUCUAGCUAAACAAAAUCCUCCUGUCGCUCAGUCUGUGAAGAGUAACGUUUACUUCGCUGCCUCGGAGAACCACUUGCUUUCAGAAACAGGCUCAGUGAGGCUUGCCAGCAUCCAGGCUCGCCUUGCUCAGUGCUUCUAUCUCCUAUCGGAAUCGAGAGUGAAUCAUUGCUGGAGCUUGUUCGGUACCACUGGCCGCCUCGCUUUGGCAAUUGGACUCCAUAGGCGUUGGCGGCGGGAGGCUAUAAGCGAUCAUGUUGAGAACGAAUGUCGGAAGAGAGUCUUUUGGUGCGCAUAUAGCUUGGACGUCUACCUCAGCGCUGCUUUAGGACGACCGAAGAUAUUUCACGAUGAGGAUAUUGACCAAGACCUUCCGGCAUGUGCAAGCGAUAGUCAAAUCGUGAAGAGCACAAUAUUACCAAAUGUUUCCCAGGGCCAAAACAUCAUGCUAGCCCCCGUGUUUCACGCAAAACUGGUACGAAUUAUAAGUGGAAUCUUGAAGGAUCUGUAUGGACUUCAGCAGAAAAAUGUGGAGACGCAGACAGAGAUUGCACUGAAGUAUGGUGCUGACCUUGCGGACUGGCGCAGUGGCAUUGCUCCAUUUCUGCAAACACCCAACAUUGAGCUUCUUCAGGCAACGUACCAGAGACAGUACAAUGUUCUAAAUUUUGCAUUUGCGCAUGCAGAGAUUCUAUUAUACAGGCCGUUUCUUCUUCGAAAUCUCGCGUGUCUAGGCAGACGAUCUGGUCCGAAAAACUCUCAGCUCCAGGAAGACAUACAAAUGAAUAUUGAGAAAUGUCUGCAUGCAGCUUCAAGGAUUGCAGGGUUGUUUAAAGAACUGUGCAGAUCGAGGCGGAUGUAUAGAUUCUUCUGGUUCACACAUUAUUAUGUUUUCUGUGCGAUUGUCAUCCUCUAUGUCUUUGUGAUCCAAAACCGCUCAAGCCCAAGAGAGGACCUUGUGCAUUAUCUACAGAUGGGCGAGGAGGCCCAAAAUGAGCUUUCAAAUUGCGGGACACAAGCGUCUUUCCCUCAACGAUACGUUGUUGUCCUCGAAGAGCUGAGGAAAGAAGCAAUGAGACUGACGGAGCAGUCCUCCGCUAUGACCAGGAAUAGAGAUGGUUUGCAAGAGAGCCAUAGAGUGACCGAGAAGGCCGAUCUUGAUACCAUCUUACCCCAUGAGACGGUCCUUGACACUGACACCUACAACAAUACAUUGGAUAACGAACUCGGGGAGUCUGAGCCAGCUGACUGGAUGACAAAUUUCGCUCAAGAUCCUAGUCCAGCGUCAUACCUUGCGGAUAUGACAGGUUGGGGUGAAUUCGACUCGCUUGUCUUGACUGGGUUAGGAGAAUUGAGUCACAUUUUUCCAGAGAAUGGUAGCCAACACUAG